AUGGGCUCUUCAACACUUUUCUUGCUUCUUCUCAUUUCUACUCUUUGCCAUAAUUUCCAUCAUUCUUCUUCCUUCCAUCUUUCCGUUGAGAACCUCAAAGAAGAUGUAAUGGUGUCAUCACCCAAAGCAACAUUCACAGUAGGCUUUUACGCCGUCGGAGAAAACGCUUUCUGCUUCGCAAUAUGGUACUCCCAAUCACCCAAUACCGUUGUUUGGAUGGCCAACCGGGACCACCCGGUGAACGGAAAACGCUCCUCGCUCUCCCUUCUCAAGACCGGUAACCUGGUACUCACCGAUGCCGACCAGUUCCAAGUCUGGUCCACCAACACCGCCACCUCAUCGAAGCAAGUCCGGUUGCAUUUGUACGACACCGGCAACCUCGUACUCAUGGACACCUCCAACGUUGUUAUUGUUGCUCUGUGGCAAAGUUUCGAUUUCCCAACCGACACGCUUCUUCCACAUCAACCUCUAAGAGGGAGUACCAACCUCGUUUCCUCGAGAAGUGGGAACAACUAUUCCUCAGGUUUCUACAAACUUUUCUUCGACUUCGAGAACGUUCUACGUCUCACGUACCAGGGUCCUCGAGUUUCCAGCACUUACUGGCCAUACGCUUGGCUUCUGAGCAAUAAUUUCGGCAAUGGUAACGGCAAUAAUGGUAGAUCCAUUUUCAACGAUAGCAGGGUUGUUGUCCUGGAUGAUUUGGGCUAUCUGAUUUCUUCUGAUAACUUCACUUUCAAAACAAGUGACUACGGCAUGAAACUCGUACGCAGAUUGACCCUGGAUCACGACGGCAAUGUUCGUUUGUAUGGCAUGAAAGACGGAGAAGACAAGUGGUCUGUGUCAGGAAUAUUUCGGCCACAACCUUGUUUAAUUCAUGGGAUUUGUGGACCCAACAGUUUUUGCAGCUAUGAGCCAACAAGUGGAAGAAAAUGUUCCUGUUGUCCAGGACAUAGAUGGUUUGACAGUGAAGACUGGUCUCAAGGUUGCGUACCCAAUUUUCAACUUGUGUGUAACAAUAACACUGAGCAAGAAUCUCGCUUUCUAAGCUUACCUGGAGUUGAUUUUUACGGAUAUGACUAUGGCAACUUUCAGAAUCACACGUACCAACAAUGUGUGAGUCUGUGCUCGCGGUUGUGCGAAUGUAAAGGGUUUCAAUACAGCACUUCGAGGCAAAGUGGUGUUAAUGGUCAGUGCUAUCUGAAGACACGGUUGUUAAAUGGCCAUCGUUCACCGAGUUUCACCAACUCAUUCUUUCUGAGAAUGCCUUUGUCUCUCCAUGACUAUGACGAUAGUCCUAUCAAUAAUGGUUUGCUUUGUGGAAGAAAUAGUGGAGGAGUGAAAGUUCUUGAGAGACCUUACGUAGAAGAAAAAGAAAAUGAGUUGGUGAAGUUCAUGUUGUGGUUAGUGAUUGCCUUCGGAGGAAUUGAGGUCGUGUGCAUCUUUAUGGUGUGGUGUUUCUUGUUUAGGAAUGACGUGACGUUACGCAAAGAAGGUUAUGUUCUUGCAGCUGCAACGGGGUUUAGGAAAUUCAGUUACUCUGAACUGAAACAAGCCUCUAAAGGUUUCAGUGAAGAGAUUGGAAGGGGUGGUGGAGGUACCGUGUAUAAAGGUGUCUUGUCUGAUGAUCGAAUUGUGGCAAUAAAAAGACUAUAUGAAGUAGCAAACCAGGGAGAAAGUGAGUUCCUGGCUGAAGUAGGCAUCAUUGGAAGGCUUAACCACAUGAAUUUGAUUGGCAUGUUGGGGUAUUGCGCAGAGGGAAAGCAUAGGUUGUUGGUUUAUGAGUACAUGGAGAAUGGUUCUUUAGCUCAGAAUAUAUCAUCAAGUUCAAAUAUACUUGACUGGAGUAAAAGGUAUAACAUUGCCCUGGGAACAGCAAGGGGUCUGGCAUACUUGCAUGAAGAAUGCUUGGAGUGGAUUUUGCAUUGUGAUAUUAAGCCCCAGAAUAUACUUCUUGACUCUGAUUAUAAACCGAAGGUAGCGGAUUUUGGCUUGUCUAAGCUACUUAACCAAAACAAUCUUAACAAUUCAAGCUUCUCAAGGGUAAGAGGGACAAGAGGUUACAUGGCACCGGAAUGGGUUUUCAACUUGCCAAUCACUUCAAAGGUGGAUGUCUACAGCUAUGGCAUUGUCGUCUUGGAGAUGAUCACUGGAAGGAGCCCAACAACAGGUGUCCAAAUCACAGAAUUAGAAGCAGAGUCACCUCAUCCUGAGAGGUUGGUGACAUGGGUGAGGGAGAAGAGGAAGAAAGGAUCAGAAGUGGGACCAUCUUGGGUGGAUGAGAUUGUGGACCCUGCUUUGGGAUCACACUAUGACAUGAAUGAGACGGAGAUAUUGGCAACCGUGGCUUUGGAAUGUGUACAGGACGACAAAGAGGUAAGACCCAACAUGAGUCAUGUUGUUGAGAGGCUCCAAAGUGAUGAACAUUAG